AUGAUUGCCAACGAUGAAUCUACUCGCUCGUGGCGUUCAUAUGGGCGACGUAAGAAUAACCUCUCUCAAGGCUUGAAGCCUUCAUGUCGCCGUUUCGGGCAAGCUUCCCUAUAUGGGGGUUAUCAACCAACGAUUAAAUUUCUCAUCACCAAGACUAGUGGUUAUGUGGCCCAUUCUGCGGAAGGUCUCUAG